AUGACAAGUAUAGCAAAAAGAUUGAUAAGAAAAUCUAAACCACAAUUGCCAAUUUACAAAGAUGCUAAAGGUCACAAAACUCUUUUAGAAUUAAUUAAUGUUUAUCCAGAUUAUGGAGUUGGCCUAAACGUGAUUCCGAUCAGAUUGAUACAAAAAGGAAACUUAAAUACUUAUUUUAAAAUUACAAGGGUCAAAUUAAAGGAUAUCUCGCAUGGUUCUGUAAAUGGUAUAAAAUAUUGGAAAGGUAAAAAAGAAAAAGAAGAAGGAAUUCCUUGGAGAUAUAGUAACAAUUGGUACAUAUGGCCUUAUCAGGGUGAAAGAGAUGACAA